AUGUCUACUUUUGGGAAGCCAAGGUCGGGCCAGACACCACUCUUCCCCCGAAUAUUCGGUCAUGAAGCAGCUGAGUUCGUUGUUGCUUUUACAGUUGUUGAGAGUGUUGGGGACAGCGUUAAAAACCUUACAAGCCCGGGGAUCAUGUGCUUCCAGUUUUCACAGGUGAGUGUGGGGAUUGCGUGCAUUGCAAGUCUGAGGAAAGCAAUAUGUGCGACCUGCUGA